AUAAAUGCAGUAGUUCUUCGAAGUGAAAUAGGUUGGUUCGAGGAACCAAAAAACAGUGUUGGCUUCCUGACCUCACGUGUUGUCAGUGACACCUCCAUGGUAAAAACGAUUAUAUCUGAUCGAAUGGCUGUCAUGGUUCAAUGCAUCUCUUCAAUUAUUAUAGCAACAGCGUUAAGCACAGCAGUGAACUGGAGGAUGGGUCUAGUUGCAUGGGCUAUGAUGCCAUGUCACUUCAUCGCUGGCCUUGUACAGGUCAGGUCAGCAAAAGGUUUUGCCACUGACAACUCUAAGUCUCACCGGAAGCUCAUCUCACUCACUUCAGAGGCUGUUAGCAACAUCCGCACUGUGGCCUCUUUUGUUCAGGAAGAAGAAAUACUCAGGAAAGCAGAUUUGGCAUUGCAAGAACCGAUGCGGAUAAGCAGGAUUGAGAGUAUCAAGUAUGGUGUGGUACAGGGGAUUUCCCUCUGCUUGUGGCAUAUGACACAUGCUAUUGCAUUGAGUUAUACCAUUGUGCUACUUGACAGGAAACUAGCAACAUUUGAAAACUGUGUACGAUCAUACCAAGCAUUUGCAAUGACAAUACCUUCCAUCACAGAGCUAUGGUCCUUGAUCCCUAUGGUCAUGUCCGCCAUUGCGAUAUUGGAUCCUGCACUAGACAUUCUUGACAGAGAAACACAGAUUGUGCCGGAUGAACCAAAAUUGAACUGUGAGGACAGAAUUGUAGGUAAUGUUGAGUUCGAAGAUGUUAGUUUCAGCUAUCCCUCGAGACCAGAAGUGAUCAUACUAGAUGGAUUCAGUCUAGCUAUCGAAUCAGGCCAAAGGGUCGCAUUGGUUGGGCCAAGUGGUUCGGGAAAAUCCACAGUGUUGGCUCUGCUGCUAAGAUUCUACAAUCCUUGCAGCGGCCGGGUACUUAUAGACGGUAAGGACAUCAGAGGCUACAACCUCAAGAGCCUGAGAAAGCAGAUAGGACUGGUGCAGCAAGAGCCAAUCUUGUUCAACCUGUCUAUAAGACAGAAUAUCAGCUAUGGAAAUGAAGGCGCAUCAGAAACAGAAAUAGUGGAGGCCGCAAUGGAGGCAAACAUCCAUGACUUCAUAAGCAGCCUGUCAAAAGGGUAUGAUACUGUGGUCGGGGACAAAGGAAGCCAACUUUCCGGAGGUCAAAAGCAGAGGAUAGCUGUGGCAAGAACUAUACUGAAGAAGCCCGUCAUACUGCUACUAGAUGAGGCGACAAGUGCUCUAGAUGGUGAAUCUGAGAGGGUGGUAAUGAACACCCUCAGUGCAAAAGGGUGGAAAAACAAGGGUGAGCUCUCAAGCAAGAUCACAAGUAUCACGAUUGCCCACAGGCUGUCCACAGUCACAAACGCAGAUGUAAUUGUCGUGAUGGACAAAGGUGAGGUGGUAGAGACGGGUAGCCACGCAACAUUAGUCUCAGCAAGCAAUGGUGUUUACUCGAGACUGUACAAUAUGCAAAUCAAAGCAGGGAAAAACUGAUCUCAUGAUCAGUCCUUUUGCUGGUACCAUCAUUUUUCAAGCAUUUGAUGCCAGAUGGGGGGAAAAUGUAAAGACAGAGUUUGACAGUUUUUGUGCCUACUGAAUAAGUUGGUUAUUCCAAAUAGGGCAAAUGCUAUAAUAUAUGGAAAGUUGUUAGCUAUAAAUCACUGUACUAAUGUUUAUAUAACUGCGUUUUCACAAACCAGAUCUAAG